ACCUGCCAGUAUGGCUCCACAACACGAUCCUCGUCCAAUGGCCCGUGAUGUGAAAUCCAAGGCAUUCAUGAGUCGAGCGGUUACCGCUCUGAUUGAAGUCGAUCCACUGUUCCGUUUAAAAUGUCCUGGAUUAAAGGCCGAAGAAGUGUGUCUCAACACAUUACGCGAACUGGGAUACCCUUACAUGCUAAGUAAACAAUAUUUAGCCACCCCCGGUGCACCGCACGCUUGGCCAUCUGUUUUGGCUGCACUCGACUGGUUACGUGAAGAAGUCGUUGAGUCACACGAGUUCAAGCACGGUGGUUACAUGUUUAAGUACGACGAUGAUCAAGUCAGAGAAGAAGAACCUCUUGGCCGCCUUCUCUAUGAGAUCGCUGUUUACGUCUAUCAUGUGCAACUGAAAGGCGAGCAAAUCAGUGAAUCGACAGUUGAGGUGAGUAAUCCAUUUUCAUGA